AUGGACGCAUAUGAUGAAGAAAUUAGAAAGCUCGAGAACAAGUUUUCAGGAUUGGAAAUCCACCAUGUAGACCGUGACAAUAACAUGGGAGCCGAUGUCCUCUCCAAACUUGGAUAUACUCUAGCAGCUAUUCCACCCGGAGUCUUUGUUCAUGAACUACACCACCCAUCAGUCAAGGUACAAAGUCAACAAGCUACUGACGAGGAGGCCCCGGCCAUAGUCAGAGAAGUGCUAAUGAUUGAAGAAGACUGGCGGAUUCAAUUCAUCGACUUCAUCAGGGAGUUCAUGCUUCCACCACACGUUGAUGCCAAGAUCGCUGAAGCUGCCCGCAUUAUUAGGCGAAGCAAGGGUUUCGUUCUCGUUGGCGACAACUUGUAUAAGCUCUCUGCUUUAGGCAUCCUUAUGAAAUGUGUCACCCUUGGAGAAGGCAAAGACAUCCUCAGGGAGAUACAUGAAGGAGUCUGCGGCAACCAUGCCGCAUCACGAACACUCAUCGGCAAGGCUUACAGAUCAGGAUUCUUUUGGCCAACAGCUGUAUCGGAUGCAGAAGACCUUAGGCCUAUCAAGAAGGAGAAGCAGAUGAAGCUCGACAACUUGAGUUGGAUUCAAUCGAAGAAGCCAGGAUCAAUGCUUUGA